GUCUGUGUCUGUGUGUUGUCUAAUGUAGGUCACAGGUUGCAAAGGUUUUAUGUCCCAUACAAGGACAGGUAUGUUUAUUUAAACAACUGUCAUACAAAAUGUUUCAGAGUAGUUUGAUUGGUUGUUGAGGUGCCGCUGCGUUGUCACUCAGUCGAAGCCCCGCCCCUUACGCUCCUGUAGGAGUCUCUUCUAYAGGCUGUCGGUGAUGAUGAAGCGCUGAUGAGGGGAGCAGUUAACUCGGACUCUGCCAUCGUUACGAACUUUCUCAGUUUGUCRAGCGACACUUGGACAUUGUCUACACACGGACUUGUGUGUGGCUGGACUGAGACACCGGUGGGGAGGCUUUUGAUAUGUAUUGAAACGCGGCGCUUGUUUUGGGGGAAAGUUGAAACUCCCGCACGGUUCGGAGGAAAGGUGAGACGGAGUCCCCUCAAGUUUUUCUACAUUUUGUUGUCUAAUACCGACUUAGCGAUAGCAGUACUUAAUAUUUUGUGAGCUUGAACUCGAGUCACGAACAUGUCAGGGAAGCGUGGCUCCGUAUAAACCUGUUCGUCCGCCUUUCACGCGAAGUUUCUUCAGCUUCCAGGUGAAGCUCUGAGGAGGUUUCUCCGUUUCUUCCGUGAAGUGUCCCCGGCUGUGGGAGCGUUUGGUUCCGCCAUGGCUGGUCUGAGCAAUGUCCACAUGAAAACACUGGAGGACCUGACUCUGGACUCGGGCUACGGGGCGGGGGACUCCUGCAAAUCCCUCAGCCUGUCUUCCUCCAAGUCCAACUCCCAGGCCUUCAUGACGACCCCUCACCGGGGGAACUGGUGGUACUACUCCGGCUCUAUGAACAGCAGGAACAACAGCUGGGACACAGUCAACACCGUCCUCCCCGAAGACCCGGAGGACAUCUUCUCCAAGUGCCACCGCUUACCUGAGCUGGAGGAGUUCCCCUGGACGGAGGAGGACGUAGCCAAGAUACUUCGCAAAGUGGCCGAGAGUGGGGGCGGCAAGUGCGGGGUCGCGCCUGUGUUCUCCCCGGAAGCUGCGAGGCGUCUGUCCGCGCUCCUCCGCCGGGCUCUCAUCCGCAUCUCCAGGGAGGCUCAGCGGCUCAGCGUCAUGCACUGCCGCUGCACGCGCUUUGACGUCCAGAGCGCCAUGAGGCUGGUGCUCAGCUGGGCGCUGGCCGACCACUGCGUCUCUGCCACGGUCAAGGCCAUCUCCAUGUACUGCAUGAGCUCAGGCGAGCUGCUCAGGAAGGGCAAGUCCGCCCGCUGUGGACUCUCGUUCUCCGUGGGGCGCUUCUUCCGCUGGAUGGUGGACACCCGCAUCUCCGUGCGCAUCCACGAGUACGCGGCGAUCUCCCUGACCGCGUGCAUGGAGGCUCUGGUGGAGGAGAUUGGAGUCCGGGUGCUGAUGGCGGAGAGGGGUCAGUCCGGGCUCGACCCGGGGUCAGGCUGCGUCCCUGUGAGUGCAGAGGCCCUGGAGUGGGUGGUGAACAAUGACGCCGAGCUGUGGGGAGUCCUGCAGCACUACGAGCACCUGAUCUGCGGGAAGAACGCCAAUGGUGUUUUAUCCCUCCCUGCCCAUUUCAGCCCCUACACAGAGAACCAGCAGUCGUCUGUGGACAGCAGGGAGGACGCUUACGCCCAGCUGGAGCUGAGGACACUGGAACAGUCUCUGCUGGCUACCUGUGUGGGCAGCAUCUCAGAGCUCAGUGACUUGGUGUCUCGUGCCAUGCAUCACAUGCAGCGUCUGAGCUCAGCGCGUCCAGGGCUGAGCCCUGCUCGCCACGCCCGUCCCCAGCAGCCUGUCGCCUGGUCGCCUGACGCCCUCCACACCCUUUACUACUUCCUGCGCUGCCCACAAAUGGAGUCCAUGGAGAAUCCCAACUURGAUCCUCCACGCAUGGCUCUUAGCAAAGAGAGGCCUUUCCUGUUGCUCCCACCUCUGAUGGAGUGGAUGAGAGUGGCCAUAGUUCAUGCUGAGCAUCGAAAGAGUCUGCUGGUGGACAGUGACGAUGUGAGACAAACCGCCAGGCUGCUUCUGCCAGGACUUGACUGUGAGCCAAGACAGCUGAGGCCUGAGUGUUGCUUCAGCUCCUUCAAGCGUCUCGACUCGAAAGCUGCCAUAGAUAAAUUCAAUCUCGACCUGGGUUUUCGAAUGCUCAACUGCGGUCGAACAGACCUCAUCGGUCAGGCCAUCGAUCUGCUCGGACCAGACGGGGUUAACAGCAUGGACGACCAGGGUAUGACCCCUAUGAUGUACGCCUGUGCAGCUGGAGAUGAGGCCCUUGUCCAGAUGUUGAUUGAUGCUGGAGCCAACCUUGAUGUGGCGAUUCCACCGUGCUCCACAAAACAUCCCUCAGUUCAUCCUGAYAGUCGACACUGGACAGCUCUUACCUUUGCAGUGUUGCAUGGACACAUCCCCGUUGUGCAGCUCCUGUUGGAUGCAGGGGCCAAUGUGGAGGGGGCAGCCGUCCGCAAUGGACAGGAGAGUACAGCAGACACUCCACUGCAGCUGGCUUCAGCAGCAGGCAACUAUGAGAUGGUGAGUUUGCUCCUGGCUCGUGGCGCUGACCCUUUAUCAAAGACUCACGAUGGAAGUGCCAUUACCUCCUCUCUUUAUGAAGUUAUGAACUGCUUCAGUCAUGCUGCUGCACAUGGACACAGGAACGUGCUGAGAAAGCUCCUGACUCAGCCCCAGCAAAUCAAGGAGGAUGUCCUGUCUCUGGAGGAGAUCCUAGCUGAGGGGGUGGAAGAUGAAGUUCCAGGGUUCUGUCCUUUUCUCCCUCUCCCUUUGUCAACUCCUGCCAACGGCACCGCAGCCCCACAGGAAGUGGGCAUACCAAAGCUUUGCAAGGCCAGAAUGAAGGCUCUGCAAGAAGCCAGCUACUACAGCGCUGAGCAUGGCUACCUGGACGUUACGAUGGAGCUUCGUGCUAUGGGUGUACCAUGGAAACUACACGUGUGGCUGGAGUCGCUUCGUUGUGCCCAGCACCAGUCCAAGACAGGGGUCACCCUGUCCCUCCUCAGAGAGUUUACCACAGUCCGAGAAGAGGACUACUGCGAUGAACUCAUCACCACAGGAUUACCCCUAAUGUUCAAUAUUUUGCGAACCACCAAGAAUGAUGCCAUCAUACAGCAGCUGGCAGCUAUUUUUAGUCAUUGUUUUGGCUCAGCACCUCUUCCAGCCAUUCCUGAGAAGAAAGCUUCUCUUUUAGCACAGUUGGACCGUCACUUUUUAAAUAAUCCAGAAAUGUCAGAUGUGACAUUUAUGGUGGAGGGAAAACCAUUCUACGGACACAAAGUGCUUCUGAUCACUGCCUCUGACAGGUUUAAAUCUCUGCUGACGUCUUCUGGACUGGACGGAAGUCCCAACAAAGAAAUAGAGAUCUGUGAAGUAAAGUACAAUAUUUUCAAGAUGAUGAUGUCAUAUUUGUAUUGUGGAGGAACACAAUCGCUGAAGACCAGCGUGCCGGACUUGUUAGAGCUGCUGUCAGCAGCCAAUAUGUUCCAGUUGGGGGCGCUACAACGACACUGUGAGCUCAAGUGCUCUCAGCACAUAAACUURGAUAACGCAGUCAGCAUCUACAAAACAGCAAAGACACAUGGGUCAGUGGAGCUGUGCUCAUUCUGUGAAGGUUACUUUUUGUAUCAGAUGCCUGCAUUAUUGGAAAGAGAGGCCUUCAGGACCCUGUUAYUGGGACCACCAGGAGCUCGACAGGGGAACAGCUCGACUUCACUGGCUCACAGCCGUGGUGACUCAUUUUUGGAGGAGCUGGAGGCCACCCUGGCUCAGCGUCUGCGCUCUCUAUACGUUUCAUCCAGAGUCUGAAAACAUUUCAAACACUGUAGAAGGAAAACAAGCAAAUAGAAAAAUGUGACAGUUGGAACAGAGACUUUUUUUAUUUUCAAAUCAGAUGUAACCUUUCACACAUCUGAUCCUGACUUUUAUAGAGCAGCUUCUGCAGAACUCCAAGCUGUGGGAGGGGCAAGCACUCUGUUGAGUCAUUGAAAAAUACAUCACCUUUUUAAAGAAGGAAGUUGCACAAUGUGAUGAUUUUCCCCUCCCAAGGCUCAGGCAGCUCCGGAAAAGAAUCACAGGAUGCAAAAAGGAUGAUUCCUAAUAAUGAAACACUGCUGCCAUCUACUGGACAAAACAAAACAUUGCCUCAGAGGAGCAUCAGCACAUUUUUGGGUUUUGACUGGAACUGUGUGAAGAAAAGACUGAAGCAUCUGAGAUGUGAGGUUCUGUUCAAAUAAGACUGUGAGAAAAGAGAGGGACCUCAGUGUUAUGUUGAUAUAACUUUUAAUUAACACAUAUACUUUUUGAUGCUAUUUUUUUCUAAAAUAUGGUCAGAGAAAUGUGUUCAGUGCAGAAUGGGAUGGGCAUUUAAUAUUUAAGGGGACAAAGUGAUGUAUUUAAUGGGAUUUUCCCUUUUUGUGUUUAUUCCUAGCUAAUAUUGUAUAAAAAUGCUUGUAUUGUUUAGGUAAAUUAAAAGUUAAAUAAGCCUAUAUAUCCUUAGGUUUAAUGUAUCCACACAGCCAGAAAAUAAGAUCCUAGCAUYGGAUUAGAACUGUUUUAGUGCUGAAAACUGAAAUAAACUUGAUAAAGUAG